AUGACGAAUGCAAGUCUAACAGUGCAGUCAGUUCAGCAGUUCAUCGUCGUUGGCUUUCCAGGAUUCCAGGAUAACGAAAGCAAACUUCUCUUUUCUGUCAUAUUCUUGAUUGCCUACCUUUUAAUUUGCCUCGGGAACCUCAGCAUCUUUGGCACAUUUAUGCUGGACGAAAACUUGCACAAGCCCAUGUAUGCGCUAAUUUGUACUCUGGCAGUUUUAGACAUUACUUUUUCAUCUAUCACAGUCCCAAAACUACUGGCCAUUUUAUUGUUUGACUUCAGGGUGAUAUCAUUUGCUGCUUGCUUUGCUCAGCUUUUUCUUUUCCAUUCUGUAGGAAGUUCACAGUCCCUUCUGUUAAUGCUGAUGGCAUAUGACAGAUUUGUGGCCAUCUGUAACCCACUUCUGUACCCCACCAUUAUGACCAACAGAGUCAUUCUAAAGCAGAUCACUUGGUGUUGGCUUGGAGGAUUCAUUAUAAUUAUUGUUCCACUCAUUUUGGCUCUCAGGCUGCCCUUCUGUGGUCCUAAUAAAGUUAUGCAUGUCUAUUGUGACCUCAGCUCAGUGGUCCGACUCGCCUGUGCUGAUAUUUCAGUUAACAGCUAUUUGAGUUUGACCAUCGGGCUGUCUGUUAUGUUCAUUUCUUUGGCUUAUAUUGUGUAUUCCUACAUACGGAUCGUCACAUCUGUGCUCAAAAUUGCCAGCUCUGAAGGACGCACCAAGGCUUUCUCUACCUGCGGGACACAUCUGGUGGUAAUUUUUAUCUUUAUUUUCACUGCUGCUGGGGUUUUUAUUUCAUAUCGGAUCCCAGGAACUUCUGAAGAUAUGCGCAUAAUGGCAGCCGCACUGCAGACCAUAAUUCCACCAUUGCUGAACCCUGUUAUAUACUGCCUGAGGAAUAAAGAGAUUAGAGACAGUUUUAUUAAAAUUGUAAAACGGUGUAAAAUAUCACCAUAG